GUCCGUAAAUAGUGGGUUUAAAUUUUUAUUAACGGUUUAAGCUAAUAGAAUUCUUUCUUCACAAAUGGCCUAUUCUUCUAGAGAUCGAGAUUUCUCAAGUCGGGCGCGGGAGCAUGAUCAUUCUUUUGAGUAUCCUCGAGGGCAUGAUAAUUGGGAUCUCGAGCGAGAAAAGGAGUACUUUCGUGAUCGAGAUAAAAAAAUUUACCACGAGAAAGGCCAUUCUUCUUCAGACCAUGUUUCUAAAAGCAGACCAACCUUAGCCAAUAAUCGGGGAAGCUUUGUUAACGUUUCCAGCUCAUAUACGUCCAGAGCCAAUGUUAGCUCGCAGAAUUAUGAACAAAAUUUUUCGACUUCCCAAAGCCGUCCUUCGAUGAAGCCUUCGUCGGAUACCACCGCACAGCCUAAUAAUACUUUCCGAGCCAGCGAGCAAGCAACUCAAGAAGAGUUGCCUCCCGGUUGGAAAUCUGCAAGUGAUCCGCAAGGAAGAAUUUAUUAUUAUCAUUCUCAGCAUCGGAUUCCUCAGUGGAAUAGACCCGAAUGGUCUAAAAGGAACGCCUCAACUCACCGAGGAAGCACCAACUCAUUUGCUACUAUAUCCCCUGCAGCCUCUGUUAUGCCUAAUGAUGAUAAUACUAAUCUCAUCUGCAUUAACAAAGAUAACACUUCCGUUUAUAAUAAUAAUACGAUAGCAAACGAUAAUAAUAGUGUAACUAAAAGGCAUGAAAUGCACCUACCAUCCUUUUGGGAUAAUAGCAAAGUUUCUUAUGUUAGUAAUAGUAAUAAUAAAAAUAAUUUAAAUAACUUAAAUAAUAAUAUGAAUAAUAAUGGUAGCUAUAAUAAUACCAGUAAUGCCGCGUUUGCAGCUUCCUUUAACAACCAGCAACCCCAGUUUAUAGAAAUUGGAGGUGUGAAAGUGGAGGUCCCCCCGUUGGGUGGCAGUCACGUGGUUGAAGCAAACCAGCAGAAAGUGGAAAGCUCUGCGGUUGAAAAAGAAACUGUGCCUUCUGCAGCACAUCCAGAUAAUUCUAAGAUUGAGUUUAUAGAUGCUAAACGGAAGCUUCCCGUUGAAUAUAGAAAUGAGAUUUCCAAUUGUGUUAGAAAAUGUUUAGAAAAAUAUUAUGAUGAACGUUGCAAAGUAGGAAGAAUCACUUCUAAAGAAGAUUUUUAAGCGGCUUGCAAGAAGACUUUCGCAUAUUCUUAUGGAAAAGCACGCCAAAUACGAGCCCUCUCCAGUUUGGACAGCAGAAGUUGAGCAAAAAACUAAAAUUUGGAUAAAAAAUCACAUGCAGCAAUACGGCGCCGUUUUUAAAUAAAUGAACUGAAACCAAUCUGUUAAUAGUAUUUCCUUUUCAAAAUUUAUUGCUCCUUAAAGAAUGAAUUAAUUUGAAACCGUUUUGAACGAGAUUCUUUUGGAAAGAAAUAAGUUCAGAGUUUAAAGGCCCGCUAACAGAAUGGUCUAUUGCCUUAGCCAUUGAUACAUGAAGUAACCUUCUCAAGAUUUUAUAAGUAUUUGGACUGUUAUAAAUAAAGAUUUAAAACAUAUUAUGAAGGUAUAUAACUUACAGAAUUUGUAAAAGUUAACC